AUGGUUCUUCAAGGGAUCUGCUGGAGAGAUUUGAAUCAUCCACUGGGCCUCCUAAUGCAGGGAUCUGUUAAAGAGAUUGUUGGUUCUCAAGUCAACAACGCCUUUGUGAGUUGUAUCCUUCCCUUUAUGCAAUUGCUUCAAACAAGGAAGGAGAUAUCUUUGAGCUCAAUCCAGGGGCUGGAGAAAUCUGAACAAUUUGGAGGUUCCCCAAUUAUUGAUCUAUUGGGAAGGUUGCAUGAGGCAGAGCUCAAUCCAAGGGUUAAAGAUGUUUGGUGGUAUGCAGGGGAGAAGAAUGGGAUUUUUUUCAACCAAAUCCUGAUUUCAUGCUUUGGUGGGUCCUUUUCUAAAAGGAAGAUGGGGCUUCGUGCUGGACAAUGGAGCACAUACCCUGAAUACUACUUCCGGAUCACCAACAGCGAGCACAAGACAGAGCUUAAAGAGAAAUUCAAGCGCAUGUGCGAGAAAUCGAGGAUCAAGAAGAGCUACAUGCACUUGACGGAGGAGAUCUCGAAGGAGAACCCGAACGUCUGUGCGUACAUGGCGCCCUCGCUGGAUGCUAGACAGGACAUGGUGGUGGUUGAAGUGCCAAAGCUGGGCGAAGAGGCAGCCGUGAAGGCCAUCAAGGAAUGGGGACAGCCCAAGUCCAAGAUCACCCACCUUGUCUUCUGCACCACCAGUGGCGUCGACAUGCCUGGGGCUGACUACCAGCUCACCAAGCUCCUUGGCCUUCGCCCCUCCGUCAAGAGGCUCAUGAUGUACCAACAAGGAUGCUAUGGCGGAGGCAUGGUGCUUCGCCUGGCUAAGGACCUUGCAGAGAACAACAGAGGCGCCCGUGUCCUUGUCGUCUGCUCAGAGAUCACUGCUGUUACCUUCCGUGGCCCAAGUGACACUCACCUCGACAAUCUUCUUGGCCAGGCACUCUUUGGGGAUGGAGCAGCCGCAGUUAUUGUGGGUGCAGACCCGGUGCCCGGUGUAGAAAAGCCUUUGUUUGAGUUGGUGUCGGCAGCCCAGACAAUUCUCCCAGACAGCCAUGGCGCCAUUGACGGGCACCUGAGAGAGGUUGGACAAAAGCUGGCCCUUAAGUCCGAGAAGCUGCGCGCCACACGACACAUCCUGAGUGAGUAUGGAAACAUGUCAAGUGCUUGUGUUCUGUUCAUAUUGGAUGAGAUGCGGAAGAAGUCGAUUGAGGACGGGCUCAAGACCACUGGAGAAGGGCUCGAAUGGGGUGUGCUGUUUGGGUUUGGACCAGGGCUAACAGUUGAGACUGUGAUCUCUCUGAGAUGGGUAUACCAGCAAGGGGUGGGUUUGUUGGUGAAAAGUUGCAACAAGGGGAGGUUGAAGAAGAACCUUGAUAUAUUCAAUUGGGCAUUGAGGGAGGAGGAAUCUAAGAAGAUUAGUCAGAUCCCGCAGCAUAGAUUAUGCACUGCAGAUGUUUUUGUCUCGGAGGAUGGGCUAUUCAAGUCUGUGGAGGAGCUCUGGGAUGGCGAGAUGUAA